AUGCCUGCCCCCAGCCAGCCCCAGAAGUCUACCUACGAUGUCAUUGUCAUCGGGGCCGGCAUCCAGGGCUCUUUCACUGCCUACCACCUGGCCCAGGGCCACAAGGACACUCUGCUGCUGGAGCAGUUCCUCCUGCCCCACUCUCGGGGCAGCUCUCACGGGCAGAGCCGCAUCAUCCGCAGCGCCUACCCGCAGGAAUACUAUUCCCGCAUGAUGCCCGACUGCUUCCGCCUCUGGCAGCAGCUGGAGGCCGAGACCGGCACCACCCUCUACAGGCAGACGGGACUGGUGGUGCUGGGGCGGCCGGGAGAGCUGGAGCUGGAGGCCUGCAGGAGGAGCCUGGGCGUUGACGAGCUCCUCGACGCCGCGGCGCUGGCCCAGCGCUUCCCUGGCUUCCAGCUGCAAGCUGGCCAGGUGGCCGUGCUGGACAGCACUGCCGGGGUGCUCUUCGCUGACCGGGCACUGCGGGCAGUGCAGGAAGUUUUUCGCCGGCACGGGGGCACCCUGCGGGACGGGGAGAAGGUGCUGCGCAUCGAACCCGGGGCCACGGUCACUGUCACCACCACUGCGGGGGUGUACAGAGCCCCCCGGCUCGUCAUCACGGCCGGAGCCUGGACUGGUGCCUUCGUGGAACAGCUGGGUCUGCGCCUGCCGCUGCAGCCCCUGCGCAUCGAUGUCUGCUACUGGAGGGAGAAGCAGCCUGGGAGCGCUGGUUUGGGCAGUGUCAGUCCCUGCUUCUUGACCCUGGGGCUGAGCCAAGCCCCCCACGGCAUCUACGGGCUGCCCUCCAUUGAGUACCCAGGUCUGAUGAAGGUGUGCCACCACCACGGCAGCCCCAUUGACCCAGAGAAGCGGGAUCAGGUCCCCUCGAGUGCCCCCCGCCCUGACAUCGCCGUUCUGAGCGGCUUCAUCAGCAGCUAUCUGCCCGGGCUGGAGACCCAGCCCGCGGUGAGGGAGACCUGCCUCUACACGAACACUCCAGAUGGAGAUUUCAUCCUGGACCGGCACCCCAAGUUCAGCAACAUCGUCAUCGGCGCCGGCUUCUCAGGCCAUGGGUUCAAGCUGGCACCAGUGGUGGGGAAGUUGCUGUGUGAGCUGAGCCUGGGCGAGGAGCCAUCCUACAACAUGGCCCACUUUGCCAUCACUCGUUUCCCUGGUGUGCUUGGGGCUGCACAGUAGGUGUGGGGCUCCAGACAUGCCCCCAUGGCAUUGCACUGGCCUGCAGCUGUGUCCCUGCAUCCCAGUGUCCUCACACCCACUACACCUCCAUCUCCAUGUAUCUCCACCUCCCUACACCCUUGGGACUCCCAACAUGCUGCAUUCCUCCAACCCCACAC